GGCAACGGCGGCAGCGGCGGCGGCAGCGGCAGUAGCAGCCUGUGGCCCUCCUCCCCCUCUUCCUUCUCGUCUUCCUUCUGCUCUCGCUGCAGCUCCUGCUUUUCCUCCUCCUCCCCCUCCUCUUUCUCCUCCUCCUCCUCCUCCUCGGGCGGCGGCGGCGGGCGGCGAGAUGCACCCCAGCGCCCCCAGCUACCCCACGGCCUCGCUGUACGUGGGGGACCUGCACCCCGAGGUGAGCGAGGCGAUGCUGUACGAGAAGUUCAGCCCGGCCGGGCCCAUCCUCUCCAUCCGCGUCUGCAGGGACAUGAUCACCAGGCGCUCCCUGGGCUACGCCUAUGUCAACUUCCAGCAGCCGGCGGAUGCCGAGAGAGCCCUGGAGACCAUGAAUUUCGAUGUCAUCAAGGGCAAGCCGGUGCGCAUCAUGUGGUCCCAGAGGGACCCCUCCCUCCGCAAAAGCGGCGUGGGCAACAUCUUCAUCAAAAACCUGGACAAGUCCAUCGACAACAAGGCUCUGUUCGAUACCUUCUCCGCCUUCGGCAACAUCCUGUCCUGCAAGGUGGUGUGUGACGAGAACGGGUCCAAGGGCUACGGGUUCGUGCACUUCGAGACCCGGGAGGCGGCCGAGAGGGCCAUCGACAAGAUGAACGGCAUGCUCCUGAACGACCGCAAGGUCUUCGUGGGCCGCUUCAAGUCCCGCAAGGAGAGGGAGGCCGAGCUGGGGGCCAGGGCCAAAGAGUUCACCAACGUUUACAUCAAGAACUUCGGGGAGAACAUGGACGACCUGAGGCUCAAGAGGCUCUUCGGUAAGUUCGGGCCCUCUCUCAGCGUCAAAGUCAUGACGGACGACAGCGGCACGUCCAAAGGCUUCGGCUUCGUGAACUUCGAGAGGCACGAGGACGCGCAGAAGGCCGUGGAGGAGAUGAACGGCAAGGAGCUGAACGGGAAGAAGAUCUAUGUGGGCCGGGCUCAGAAAAAGGUCGAGCGCCAGACGGAGCUCAAGCGCAAGUUUGAGCAGAUGAAGCAGGACCGGAUCACCAGGUACCAGGGAGUGAACCUGUACGUGAAGAAUCUGGACGACGGCAUCGACGACGAGCGCCUGCGCAAAGAGUUCUCCCCCUUCGGGACCAUCACCAGCGCCAAGGUGAUGAUGGAAGGGGGCCGCAGCAAAGGCUUCGGCUUCGUGUGCUUCUCCUCCCCCGAGGAGGCCACCAAAGCCGUCACGGAGAUGAACGGCCGGAUCGUGGCCACCAAGCCCCUGUACAUCGCCUUGGCCCAGCGCAAAGAGGAGCGGCAGGCCCACCUCACGAACCAGUACAUGCAGAGGAUGGCCAGCGUCCGCGCCGUGCAACCGGUGAUCAACCCUUACCAGCCUCCCUCGGGCUACUUCAUGGCGGCCAUCCCCCAGGCGCAGAACCGCCCCGCCUACUACCCCCCCGGCCAGAUCGCCCCUCUCAGACCCAGUCCCCGGUGGACGGCCCAGGGCGCCAGGCCUCAUCCGUUCCAAAACAUGCCCGGGGCCAUCCGGCCGGCGGCCCCCAGGCCCCCGUUCGGCACCAUGAGGCCAUCUUCCUCGCAGGUGCCAAGGGCGGUGUCCUCCCGGGUCUCCAACGCGGCCUCGCAGAGCAUGGGCCCCCGUGCGGCCGCCGGGGCCGCCGCGGCGGGGACUCCGCCCGUGCGUUCCGCGCCCCAGUACAAGUACUCCGCUGGCGUGCGCAAUCCCCAACAGCACCUGAACGCGCCGCCUCAGGUGACUCUGCAGCAGCCCGCCGUCCACGUGCAAGGUCAGGAGCCUCUCACGGCGUCCAUGCUGGCCGCCGCCCCUCCACAGGAGCAGAAGCAGAUGCUGGGAGAGCGGCUGUUCCCGCUCAUCCAGGCCAUGCACCCGACCCUGGCGGGCAAGAUCACUGGCAUGUUGCUAGAGAUCGACAACUCGGAGCUUCUCCACAUGCUCGAGUCCCCGGAGUCUCUGCGUUCUAAGGUCGACGAAGCGGUGGCGGUGCUGCAAGCUCACCAGGCGAAAGAGGCCGCCCAGAAAGCGGUCAACAGUGCUCCCGACGUGCCUGCUGUCUAAAAGAAAAGAUGAGGGACCGUCUGCUUCUUUGAAGAAAAAUGGCUGUUGUGUAAACAAAAACAUUGCAAACUAAGGGAAAAAAAUGGAAAGGAAACUUUGAACUUGAUGUACCAACAAAUGCCAGGCCUAGCAAACUUAAUGCUAGUCCUAGAUUACUUAUUGAUUUAAAAGCCAAAAAAAAAAAGAAAAAAGAAAAGAAAGGAAAGGAAAAGGAAAGAAAAGAAACCCAAAAAAGAGUAAAAUACAAAAACAAAUUAAUGUUGAAUAGAUGGGGUGGGGGGGUGGGGGUGGGGAAUUUUCAGCACAGUUGUUGUUGUUCCGUCGUAUCAGUCGUGUCCGACUCUUUGUGACCCCGUUUGGGGUUUUCUUGGCAAAGAUACUUGGAGGGGUUUGUCCUUUCCUCCUCCAGCUCAUAUGACAGCUGAGGAACUGAAGCAUUCCUGUCUUUAACUUUGUAAAUCUUUAUUGUAGAAAAGCUCAGAAUAUCACCACUGUUUUAAAUAACAGAAUUGAGAGCUGAGCAAGGAGACGUAAUUUGAAUUAUAAAAUUCUUGCUGUAAUAAAAAAUACCUUAAACAGUAAAAAAAAAAAAAAAAACCAAGUGCCAAUUAGUCCCCCCCCUACCCCACAUAUAAUUCCAUAGCAAAAAGGGGACUAGAGCAUCAAGUGCAGAAUUUAUUGUGGGUUGGUGCUUUUUUUUUUUUUUUUUUUUUUUUGGUUUGGGUUUUUUGUUUUGUCCUGUUUUUCCAGUGGAGGAGAGAUUUGAAUGUUUUUAGCUGGAAGGGAAUAAGGUAGAGAAGAAAGGUAAACUGAAGAUAUGACAGGAAGAGUAGAAUGUGUAAGGUCCAAGUUCCUGAGAACCUCUCAGUAAAGCCUGAGUCUAGAUGGCAGAGGAAGGAUGAGAGGGUGAAGACAUUAGGGACUCAGAGAAGAGAGGGUUGGCAAUCGUCCAGUAACCACUAGGGUAGUGUGCCAGGCAAUCAAUGAAAGAUUAAAAGAAGAAUUGGCAAGUAGUGACAAGGGACCAGGGUUUGGGAAGGAGUUCCGUUGAAGGUUGCUGAUAUAGCCCAGGCUCUCUUCAAAUGUGGGCCCCUGAAAGUGAAACUGAGGUUUGAGGUGUACCUCAGCUCUGUGUCUGUUGGAAAAUGUGGUCUGGGAGGCCCCACCAGUGCUUAUUUUCCACCAUAACAAACUGGGGAGGAGGGGUGCUGCACGGGAAGACAAACUCAAAACAAAGAUGCUUCAUGAAACAGAAUAGUAUGGAACUAUUGUCUACACUGUGAUUCUCCAAAACACCGAUCGAUAGAUAAACGUGGGUUUGGCCUGAAUAUCAGCAGGGAUGGGAGAAAUAUCUGAUGCUUCCUGGACCUAUACUGCUUUCUCUUUAAAGGGACAGGUCAUUUUACAGAUGAGGUUGGUCCUGAGGCAGAAAAAGCACAGCUUGUAUGGGGUUGGUGUUCCUGAGAUUUGGCAUUGUUCCCACUGCUCUGCAGGAUUUCCUUCUGACCAAACAUUGCUGUCCUGGCAAAUAACAGCGUGUGUUUUUAUUAAAUUGUUUCCUUUUAAUAACA